UUGAGCUGAUACCAUUCGAAGAAACGCCUCAAUGCUCCGACCGAGCUCACUGCGAUCAACCUCUUCCCCUCGAGUCCUCUUCUCCUCCUCCCAUGGCGUCGCCCGCCGCCCCCUCGCCUCCGCCCCUUCGCCGCUCCCUCCGCCGGAGUGGAUCGAGCCCUUCCUCGACGUCUCCGACCUCACCCGCCACCGCGGUGACCCCCGAAACCCCUCCCCGUGGUUCCCCCGCGUCGUUUCGCUCGUCCUCGCUUCCGCCCCCGGCUCCCUCCCCUCCGACCUCGCCUCCUUCUGCCGCAGGUUCCUCAUCCGCCUCUCCCCCGCCUUCGUCUCCCACUCCCUCCGCUCCUCCGACCUCCGCCACCGCCCCGACCUAGCCCUCGCGUUCUUCCGCUGGGCCGCCACCCAGAAGAAGUACCCCGGCCACAACCUCGACUCCUACGUCGCCCUGAUCGACAUCCUCUCCUCCUCCGACAAUAAAGAAACCAGUCGGAUCAAGGAACUCAUAGCCGAGAUCAGAGCCCGCGGGAAUCUCCUCCCGGCGGCACCAUCUGCAGCCACUUCUCUCAUACGGAGCCUGGGGUCCACCGGCAUGGUGGAGGAGUUGCUGUGGGUCUGGCGAUGGAUGAAGGAGAGUGGGGUCGAGCCGUCGCUCAUGUGUUACAACUGUUUGUUGGAUGGUCUGGUGAAUUCGACGUUCGUGGAUUCAGCGGAGAAGGUCUUUGAAGCGAUGGAGCCGAACAGAGUUCGGCCUGAUGUAGUUUCCUACAACACGCUAAUCAAAGGUUACUCGAAAGUAGGAAGGACGCAGAAAGCAGUUGAUAGGUUUGUGGAGAUGCAGGAGAAGAAGAUCCAGCCAGAUAAGAUUACGUAUCUAAGUCUGAUGCAAUGCCAUUACUCGGAUGGGGAAUUCCAUGAAUGCUUGGUGCUGUACCAUGAGAUGGAAGAGAAGGGAUUGGAGAUUCCGACUCAUGCAUACAGUUUGGUGAUCAGUGGAUUGUGCAAGGAGGGGAAGCCAUUCGAGGGAAUGGCGGUGUUGGAAAGCAUGGUUAGGAGAGGUUGCAAGGCUAGUGUGGCAAAUUAUACUGUUCUCAUUGAUUCUUUUGCGAAGAGCAUGAAUGAGGAUCAUGCUAUGAUGUUGUUUGAGAGGAUGAAGAAUGAUGGACUUGAGCCAGACGAAGUCACUUAUGGGGUGACAAUUAACUGCUUGUGCAAGGCUGAGAAGCUGGACAAAGCCAUGGAAUUGUUUAAAUUCUGCAAAGAGAAUGGUGUGCUGGUGAAUGCAAUCUUCUACUCUAGCCUUAUAGAUGGGUAUGGGAAAGCUGGGUUAGUUGAUGAGGCACAAGGGCUUUUCAAUGAGAUGAUAGAACAAGGUUUUGUGCCAGAUUCAUACUGCUAUAAUGCCCUUAUUGAUGCAUUUGGAAAAGCAGGAAGGAUCAAUGAAGCUUGUGCACUAUUCAAGAGAAUGGAGAUGGAGGGCUGUGAUCAGACAGUUUAUACAUACACUAUACUCAUGGAUGGGUUGUUUAAGAAACACAAGAAUGAGGAGGCACUGAAGCUGUGGAAUAUGAUGAUCGAUAAGGGGAUAACUCCCACCCCUGCAGCUUUCCGUGCCCUUUCAAAGGGCCUGUGCCUUUCAGGAAAGUUCACCAGGGCUUGUAAAAUACUGGAUGAACUGGCUCCUAUGGGAAUAGUGCCUGAGACGGCCCAUGAGAAUAUGAUCAAUGUGUUGUGUAAAGCAGGGCGAUUUGAGCAAGCUUGCCAACUCGCUGAUGGAAUCAUAGGUAAAGGUCGUGAGGUGCCGGGAAGAGUUCGAACCAUUAUGAUCAAUGCUCUGAGAAAAGCUGGAAAUGCUGACUUGGCUUUCAAAUUGGUUCACAGUAACAUUGGUAUUGGUUAUGACAGAUAUGGCAGCAUUAAAAGGAGAGUUAAGUUCCAGACUCUGUUGAAUUCAUAGUCAUCCACGGUUAUUGGAUGUUUGAGUGGCAAACUGCAAGUCCGAUUUAAAUCUUGAAUCCUUUUUGUUAAGCUAAAUCAUACCCUGUCCAAGACCCAAAGUAGGGGAGACGGGUUAAUUGGACUGACUUUUUGGAUGAACCAUAUCGUGAGGGUAAGAUGUUCAAGUCACAUGAAAUCAGCAUCUGAUAUGGGCUUGCGUCUAGAUUUCAUUUCUAUUUGAGAAUGAUAGGUGCAUUAAGGAGAUCUUAUCAUGAUAUAACUGGAAAUGGGCAUACUUAGAGCCUGUAAAUCAGUUGUAUUAUUUAGGGAGAGUUAUAAUAGCAUUUCAAUAAAAUUGGAAACCGUGCAAGCAACUUGGGCAUCAAGGUUCAGGUCACAAAACAAUUUCUUUGCAUGCAACAGCAGGGUCUGCAGAUAUAGCUUCCCUAGACCCCCACAUUUCCAGGAGCCUGAUACACCAGGCUGCUAGGCCUGAUACACCAGGCAUCCAUGGUGACAGGCAAGCCAUUAGCUAGUUUGAGCUGUGUGGUAAUAUGUGUUUCUUGGUGGGUUCAAUCUAAUGAUCACUUUCUUCCA